AAUUGAGUUAAAGUCGAUCAUUUAACAUGACGAGCACCUGUCCGUGGGGUGUUCCGGCGACGGAACCUACGAAGCCGCAGCCGAGCAUGCAGGACCUGAUGGACGAGGCGAUGGCUCUAAGUCUUUACGAGGAGGAAGUCAACGCUCUGCAGCGGGAGAUCAAUCCUGAGUAUCAGAGCAGCAUCUUCACCACCCUGGAACGGAGCAAGGAGAGACGCGAGCAGGACCGCAACAAAGACCUGCUGAAUGCCGACAGCUUCGACUUCGAUGUUGAGGCUUCGGGUGAGGGUGCAGUCGCUCCCUCCGUGCUAAUGCGUACACCUGCUGCAGCUGCAGGAGACGCCGCGCUUGCUCGUGCCCGCGUCAACGGCUCCUUAUCCAUGGAGGACGCAGCGCACGGAGCUGGCAGUGGUAAGGGCUUCACGUCACUCAGGGAACAUCAGAGACGCCAGCUUAAAAGCGAGAAGAAGGGCUUUGGCGCCGGUCGAGUGGAAUCCGAGAUUCACGCCACGGCAGACGGCGUCAUGGACGAACGCACCACUUUGAUUCUGCAGAAAAUGAUCAACAAAGGAGAUUUGGACGAGGUCCACGGCUGCGUGCAGAGCGGCAAAGAGGCUCAUGUGUAUUUUGCUAUGGGCACAGACGAAGCCACGAUGCGACCAGUACAACUGGCAGUCAAGAUCUUCCGCACCACGCUGAACGAGUUCGGCAACCGUCACGAAUACGUGACUGGAGACCGUCGUUUCGAUCUGAAUUUCCAGAAGAAGGACCAACGGCGACAGAUCAAAGCCUGGACGGAUAAGGAGUUCCGCAACUUGUCUCGUGCUGCCAAGUGCAACAUCCGCGCCCCGACUCCGAUUGUAAGCAAGGAACAUGUGCUGGUCAUGCAGUUUGUGGGAGCCGAUGGCUGGCCUGAGCCGACACUGAAGGAUGUGCUGGCGGACUUGUCCCCCAAGCAACAAGCUCGUACAUACGCUGACAUCCUGCAGGCCACGCGAGCGCUGUACCAACGUGCGCACUUGGUUCACGGCGACCUGAGCGAGUACAACAUCCUGUUCGCCCACCGCGAGAAGCGCAUUUGGCUUAUUGAUUUCGGUCAGGCCGUUGAUCGCUCACACCCUGACACAGAGAACUUGCUGCGACGAGAUUUGCACACGAUUAACAGGUUCUUCCAACGAGGCGAUCUGCUCGAAGCUACAGCUGACCGAGUUGGUUUGCUAUCGGAUGAGAAGGCAGAUGACUGA